AUGUAUGUUUCAUCCAAGUCACGCAGCAAACACCUCCGCUUUCAAGGCAAACAACCAGGGUUAUUUAAUCAAGCAUUCCCCACAGCUCCCACCUUCCGCCAGUCCCAAAUUCCAACUUACCACCACUCGCCUUUCCCAAUGAACAACAAUUUCGUCAACGUACCUUCAAUCAAGACACUCUGGUCCAUGGCCAGCGUCUUAUUCUUCAGCUUCGCAGUGCAUUUAUUCAGCGGCCUGGGCGACUACCUCUACUUUGCCAUCAAAUACCAUUUCAACCAAGCGGCAUCGCAGUACAGAACUCUGGGUCCGGAGGUGCGGGCUACUGCUGUGUUCGUUGCUGCUGUUUUCACGUACAGCAGUUUGACGCUGCUGUGUCGCUGUCUUCGUCAAGCUUUUUACGCAAAACUUGCGCGGCUGGUAAAUGGCAGGUUUGCCAUAAUAGAGGAGCGUGUGAAGUUGUUCGUUACGAAGGACGACGAUGAAGCGAGGUACACUUCGCAGCAACAGCGCAUCACUGAGCUUUCCCGGCGGUUAGAGGAAUUCACAGCGAAGGAAGAGGUGAGGGAAGCACUUGUCACAAACGAGGGGCAUACCACUUCAACACCUCAACAACACAAAGAUACGUGGUUGGAGUUACUGAAGCAUACUACAGACAGCACCCACACUGCCACGGAAAACCAACCACCACCCACUCCCCACACCACCAACGACCUCUCCCAGGUCCUCGCGCUAACCCUCAACGACAUGAUCAAACAACACAGCAAAGACCAGAAACCCCUCUACCAAACCCUCUCAGCCCUCAACAUCACCAUCCAAAACCUCCAAGACCACCAGUCCGAAGCCACCCAAUCCAUAACCCAAACCCUACAAACCCAGCAACAAGAAUCCCUCGCCCUCCACAAAACUAUCUCUCGUUGCGUCCGCGCACACACAGGCCCCAGCCCGCUCGCCGACGAACUGCCAAGGAAGCGGUGCGCUGUUCGAGAAGAGCACGAUCUGGCUGGGCAAAAGGACGUGCUGCUGGAGCACACGCGAGAGAGUUUCGAAGGGCUGGUGUGGAUGAGUGGUUCGGGGGAGUAUUGA